UCAAUAUUAAAUUGAAAGCAGCCAAUGGCGACCAACUUCUUGGACACGUGUAGUAUGUAUUUUUAUUUUCAUCUUUUGUUUCAGUUUAACAAACAAGCAACAUAGCAAAUUACAUUACUCUGAACAUAAAUUUUGGAGAUUAGAUUUAAGAAAUUUAAAGAAUUUAAACACAAAUAACAAUAUUAAACUAGAAGAAUACAUUUGAGAGCUUUAUGUUGCUUUUAUUUAAAAAAAGUUAAACUCAUGUUAAUUUUUGUUCUAAAUAGUUAAUAGUUAUUUUACAAAACAGUUACGUAUAGCCCUCAAAAACUGUUCAUCUUAAUAUUUUGUUAUAUGUAUUCAAAUUCUAAUUUCAAACUAAACAUAACAAUCUACGUUCUGAAUAACAUAAUUUAAACUGAGACAACUCAUUUUAACUAGUAAAUGUGUGUUUAGCGUCUUCUUAAAUUACUUUUGACAUAAGCUAUCAUCAAAUAAAUGAAUAAUAAACAAAUAUGACCAAUAAUAAUUUACAAAUUACUUGUUGCUUGUCAAGUAAAUACCUACGUACCCCAUUUCGAGAUACUGUUGUAAAAUUAUUAAUAAAAUAAUAAAUUAAAAACAAAAUUAUUAAAAUAGGUAACACUCAUAAAUAAAUAUAUAAAUACAAAUUGAUAUAUGAAAAUAAAAUAAACGAAAGAUUGCGCUGUCUGGAUUAUUAUGAUAAGUGUAUUAUACGACAGUUUUCAAAUUAAAAAGUCCUCAUCAGGUAUAUCACAGUAAAAAUGUAAAAUGCGACUGAAUAUAAAAAAAUGAAAUGAGAAAAAAUGUAUAGAAAUUAGUCGUUUUACAUAAAAUAUAGAAAUAAUUGAUUUUAAUAUGAAAGAUUAUUUAAAAUUAUUUAUUAGACAUAGAUAUGUUAAGAAAUAUAAUUUGUUUGAUUAUUAUUUACCAUCUAAAAUGCAUUGAUAAAAUUUUUUUUUAAAAUCAGUUUGAACAUUUGAACUAUUGUUAAAAUUCUUUUUCUUUAUUUCUAAGUCUGUAUUAAUAUCAAAACUUCUGUCGUCUGAAAAAUGUUUAGCAAAAUUUCAACUAGGCACAGUGUUAUUAAAUUUUACCUCAGCUAUAUGUUCUUUAUAUCUUAUUUUAAAAUGUCUAUUUGUCUUACCUAUAUAAAAUUUAUUGCAGUUACAUUUAAAUAUAUAUAUAUAUAUAUACCAGCAUUUCCAAAAAGGUAGGAUUUUUUGUGAACUUUUUCAGUUCUAUUGUUUAUAUGUUUGAUUAAAUUAUUAUCAGUCAUAAAAGCGAUUUUUACAUUAUUUGUGUAAUUGUUAGAGAAAUUUUCAGAGAAUUUGUUAGACAUAAUAUUUUGAUAUUUUAUACUACAAUAAUUAACAACAUUAUUUGGUGUGUUGUGUAUUAUUAUUAUUUUUUUAAUAGUAUUUAAAUUGAAAUUAUUUCUAUGGGCUAUAUUAUAGAUAAUAUUGAGCUCGUGUUAAUAGUCAUGUUUAUUUAAUGGAAUACGUUCCGGUCAAUAGAAUAUUGAAUUAAAAAAUGAUAUUUUUAGAGAAUAAGGUUGAUAAGAAUCGUGUGGUGUUAUAGAAUCAGUUUGUGUAGGUUCUCUGUAAUUACUAAAAUCAAAUUUAUUUUUUAUUAUGGGAACUGUGUGAUCUAAGAAAUUAAAUUUAUUAUUCAUUUGUGUUUCGAGUGUAAAUUGAGUGGUUUUAUUUAUUUUGUUUAGGUAGUCAACUAAAAUUUCCGCCUGUCUACUUGAACCUCUAAAUAAAAUUAACGUGUCAUCAGCAUAUCAAUAAUAUGGUUUUAUUUAUGGACUAUAUAUUUUGUUGUUAAUAAUAUUAUUGGUUUCAUCAUUUUGCAUGUAAAUUUCAAAUAAAAAGCAAUUAAAGGACCGCACACAAUUAACCCAUCUUUUUGUGAACAUAAGUUAUUAUUAUAUUGGAAAUAGUUUGAAUUAAUCAUUACAUUUAUUGGUUUAAUAAUUUCAUGAACAUUGUUUAUAUUAAAUUUAUAACAAUGUAUAAGUUUAUUUUUUAAAAAAUGUACUGUUUCGUGUUUACGAAUUGAUGUAUAUACAUUUGUAACGUCUAGAGAAAUCAUUUAGUAACCCGGCAUAAUAUUUGUUUGAUUUUAUUUAUCAAUAAUAUCAUAAGUGUUUUGUAUAGAGGUAUCAGUAUUCAUGUCUAAUUUUUCUUUUAUGAAAGAAUCCAAAUACUUAGCAAGGUUAUAAGCUGGAGCAGUUUUAAAGUUAAAUAAUUGACGAAUCAGAUUAUCUUGCUAAAAUUCAGAACACUAAUAUAAAUAACAUAAAAAAAUCGUUUCUAUGACUAAUAAUAAUUAAAUCAAACGUAUAAACAAUAAAACUAAAAACUUUACAAAAACCCCUUUCUAUUGAAAAUGCUGAUAGACAUAAAUUUAAAUGUAUCUGUUAUAAAUGUUAUACUGGUAAGAAAAAUAGACAUUUUAAAAUAUAAUAUAAAGAACAUAUAUCUGAGAAAAAAUUUAAAAUGUCUUGAUAUAAAUACAGACUUAGAAAUAUCAAGUACCCAAAAUUCAGUUUUAGAAGUAUUACACACAAACAAUGAAAUAAAGAAAAAUAAUUUUAAUAAUAUUUUAAAUGUUCAAACCGAUUUUAUAGAUAUCUUUUACCAAUACAUUUUAGAUAGUAAAUAAAAACCAAAUAAUUUAUAUUUCUUGACAUAUCUAUGUUUAAUAAUGAAUUUUACAUAAUCUCUAAUAUUGUGAUAAAUUAUUUCUGUAUUCAAUGUAAAACGACCAAUUUGUAUAAAUUUUUUUUCAUUUCAUUUUUUAUAUUCAUCCGCGUUUUACAUUUAGACUGGGAAAUACCUGAUGACGACCUNCCAACUUCUUGGACACGUGUAGUAUGUAUUUUUAUUUUCAUCUUUUGUUUCAGUUUAACAAACAAGCAACAUAGCAAAUUACAUUACUCUGAACAUAAAUUUUGGAGAUUAGAUUUAAGAAAUUUAAAGAAUUUAAACACAAAUAACAAUAUUAAACUAGAAGAAUACAUUUGAGAGCACACAAUACGUGGCAAUUUAGAAUACUUUAGGGUUUUAAAAAAUUAUGAAUAUUAAUAAUUAUUUUUUUUAUUGUAUAAUAUUAUUUAUUAUAUUAUUUAUUUUAAUAUCAUAAUAUAUACAUAUUCUUUUGAUAUUUCAACAUUAAUAUUUGCGUCAUUUUUAAAUUACCGCGCUUUUAUAGUCACAAGUUUAGGAAACCCUUACUAAAAUCUACUACAAGAUUUGCUAUUGUGUAGUCGCUAGUUUUGUGAAACUUACCGUAUUUAACUAUCUAGGUUAUUAUAUUUAUCUUUGCCCAUUAUAGUGACCGCUUCCAAUACCAGUAUCAGCUCUUUUAUCUGAUAAUGAAAAUGUUUACAGACCAUUUGUUCAACGUUUGCAAUAUUUGAAAGUGAAUCCGAAAAAAAUGUCUUAUCAAUUUUCUGACAACUGCUAUUAUCCCGCUGAACGUAUAUACUACAUCGACAACUUGAAAACCGUGGAUAAUAAUAAUAUAGUUUGUUUAUUUUUUAAAAUUUAUGUUUUUGGUGAUUAUCGUUGAUUAAACUGAUUUAAUAUGUGCUUAUAAAUGUUCUAUUGUUUAAAUUUAUGUCAAAUGUUUAUUUAAAUAUAUUGUAUAAUGCUUUAGGAUCCAUAAUUGGUCGAUGCCUUGAUUGACUGAUAGUAAUUAAAAAUAUUAGGUAAUUUUGUACCUAUUUAAUUACCUACCGUAUAAUUGUAUUGUAGCUAUUUGUAAAGACAUCAAGAACACCGAAAAAUAAUAAUAUUUAAUCUUAUUUUUUUCAGUAAGAUAUAAAUAUGCACCUGCAACUAUUAGUGUAUUUAUUAUAUUUUUAAUUUGGUAAAAACAAUUUAAUAUCUAUUUGUUCGUUUCAGUUUUUUAAAAUAUGAAGAAUAUUGUAUUGGUUUAAAAAAUAAACAUUCAAUAAUUUGUUUCAAAAUGUUUUGGUAAUUUAAAGAGAUUUGUUAUAAAACAUAUUUAUUUAAAAAGCAAAAGAUAUUUAUACUGUACAUUUUAGCGACAUUUAAUUUAAAUAUAAGUUUUUGGAGAAAACUUCAUAGUUAAAUAGCAAUAAAUACAUAACUAUGUCUUCAGAUUAUACAUUUUUAAUACAUAAACAAUUAUUUAUCUAAGAUUUCUUUUUAAUAAAUCUAAUAAAUUUAAUUUAUUUAAUCAGUUUCAGCUAUAAAAAUUAAUUGUGCUUAUCAACUGUUAAAAUGUUGUCAUUUUAAUUUAAUUUUGUUAGCGCAUUUAUUUUUUUUUUUUAUAGAUAUCCUUUACACCGCCUCAUGGAAUUCUCUAGUAUUGAAUAUUAUACUAUUUUGUGUAUCCUAAUUGUCCCUGUUUAUUAUUUUUUUCAACUUUGGGCAUGGCUUGGCUGGGAAUUGUUCAAGAAUAACUAACUAUCAAAAAUAAAUAGUAAGAAUAAAUACUUCUUUAAAUUUCAAUUUUCGCUAAAAUAAAUUAUACCUAUAGUUGGGAUUAACUAUAUUUUGUCUUGAUAGAUUUUAAUUAAAAUACAUUUUUCUUAGUUUUCAUCAUUCAUUUUAGUACCUGUACUAUUAAUUAUUGUUUAUGUAAUCAUAUUUAUAAACCAAAUUAAUAUUAUAUUUUUCUACGAUAGAAAAUGUUUAAAAUGUUUAAUGGCUGAAUUGGAAUUUAUUGUAUUUGUUACAAAUUUGGUACAUACCAAUGGUAGUUUAAAGUUGUUCAAAUAUUAUUUUUAUAUAGGUGCUUAAGAAAAUUACGUUUACAUCAUGUCUACAGUUUUUAAUUCAAGAAAUUGUAUUAUUUCAAAUGAAGAGAAGUAAUAUAAAUUUAUUUGAUUUAAAAAUGUUUUUAUUUUAUAUACUUUUUUUUAUAGGGAUCCUAAAAGUUUAUUAAACAAAGAAAAAUCAAUGAAUCAUGUUUAUUAUCGAUCAGAUUUUGUGGAUACAGAAAAGUAACGUUUAAAUGAUUAUGUAUCCUAAUCCUAUUUUAAUUUUAAGUGCACAUUUUUUCAGAAAUAUUCCAAAUGUAUUUAUUAUACCAGAAAUUGAUCAAUCAGUUGAUGUUUUGUAUCCUUUAAGCACAUUACACAGAGAAAAGUAUUAAAUUGAAUAUUAAUUAAACCAAAAUUUGUGUUUAAUUUGUUUUUAAUUUUAGAAACAUACCUAAUAUUUUCAACGUUGACAAAUUUCAAGUGAAUCCUGUACAAAACUCCAAUUAUAUAGACAAAUUUUUGUAAUUCACUUAAAUAUAUUACUUAUAAUUGAACAUUCAAUAUUUUAAUUUUAAAAUUUAAUAUUAUUUUGUUUACAGUGAUUAUCCUAAUUUAUUUACUUUGCAUAAGUCAUAUUCAAAAUCACAUAAUUCCGAUGACAAUUUUUGGAGAAAAUAUGGGUAAUAUGGUAUUAUAUGAUAGAAAAAUAUAUUUUAAUUAUUUAAAAAUAGAAGUUGUUUUAGACUAGUACUCAAUAAAUUAUCAAUUAUAUCUAAAAAAAAAAAAACAUAAAAAUGAAUAUUUGUCGGUUUGUGUUUUAUGGAGUCCUCAACCACUGAAUUGAUUUUGAUGAUAUUUAUAUUUCUUAACGCUAUACAAAGAUGUUUAACAUCAGAGUUUUUGUUAGUGCGUGUAACAUAUAAUAAUAUUAUUCUGUAUCUGUGUAUUAUCAUGUAUUUUGAUGUUUUAUUCUAUUCAUGUGUGAGUUCAUACUUACACAUGAGUUAAAUUACCAAGUAUAAAGAAUAUCAUUACGAUUAUGUGUACCUUAAGUUGUUUUUGAAUCAGGGCUGGACUGGGUAGAACUUGGGCAACUGUCCCAGUUAUAAAGGUAGCCCUUCUUGAUUUUUGUUAAUGACUUUAUUUUUAUUGAUCAAAUUUUGUUUAUAAGCAAGUACUUAUAUUAUUGUUUCCAUUUAUAUCAAAACAAAUAUUAACUCAAGUAAACUCUGUUUCAUUUUCUUCUACAGUUCAUAACAUUUUUUAGGCAUUGGCCCACAAUCCAAACAAGAACAGCAGCCUAUUGUUCUAGAGAACAGUAGACUACUAGGUUAGUCCGGUCCUGUUUACAAUAAUACUCAAUAAAGUAUCAAAUAUAAAAAUAAUGAAAGUAAAAAAAAUACAUACAUAUUUGUUUUUUUAUUUUAUUUAGAUAGAUAUUUGAGUUAUAUUAUUAUAAUUUUUACAUUUUAACAUUUAUGUUACCUUAUUAUAUUUAGUUAUUAUUUAUUACUCGCAUGUUAUUACUAAUUUUGUUAAUGUAAAUAAAUAUUGAUGUGGACUUUUGAGCUUAUAUUUUGUUUUAUGUUUUGCAUAUCACAUAUUCAAAAUAAAUAAUUUUAAUUAUAUUUUGAAUACUUAGUGCUUUUAGUUUAUCUAGUAUAAAUUUAAUUUUUUUGGUUUUAGUAAUUAUUAUUUUUUUUUUCUUUUAUAGUGAUUAUGAUUAUACAAAUGUAUUUAGUCAAUCAGAUAUACAUAAUUUAGAUUGUUUACAGAAUUUAGAGAUUAAUAAUAGGUAAUGAAUUUAAAUUCCUGCUAAUAUAUUGUUCAUUAUUUUAUUGAAAUUGUGUUUAUGGUAUGUUUUAGUGGCAAUGUAAAACAAAUAAAGAAUUUUAAUUUGUAUGAAAAUGUGCCACAAAAAUCUUUAACAGAGGUAAUAAAAAAAAAACAAAAUAUUGUAAAUAGUUAUUUUUAAUAUUUUUAUAUUUAUAGAAAGUAAAUGAAUUAAAUACAAUUGAAAAAUGUUCUAUCUUAGAAAAAAACAACACAGAAAAUAUGAGUUCUGCUCUAUGCUUUUGGUGUAUAGUCACAGGAGCAAAUGUUCGUGAUCAUAAUUUAAAAACAUAUUUUCCUCAAAAAGAAAUAAGUAGUACAUGUAUUAUGAAUGAUAUUAAACUUAUGUUGAUUAAUAUGUGUACUACAUAUUUUCUUGUGGACAAAGUAAGUAAUAUCAUUUUAUUAACAAUAUAAAUACAUACACUUUGUAUUUAAGAUACCAAAAAUCAUAUAUUAUAUAUUUAUGAUCAACAAAAUAGACAAACAGAGGAGUUCAAUAAUAAAUAUACAUUUUUUUAAGGAUUUCUAACUGGUUUAAAAAUUAAUUUUUUUAUUUAUUGCAAAAGUGAAUUACUUAAUAAUAAACUACUUUCCUGGUUAAAGUAAUAAGUACAUAAUAUCAUUUUAAAAAUAUACUGUAUAUAUUAAAUUUGUCAUUAAUAGUGUUUUAAAAUAUAAAUUACCAGAUCUUUCUUAAAAAUAUAUUAAUCAAAUUUUAAUUCAUUACAUUAUGUAUAUCAUAUUUUUAGGAUACAUUUAUGUACAAGCGGAAUGGCAAUAUUUGUAUAACUGGGUUAACUCCUGAAAUAUUUGAGUCUGCCACAGAUCCAAUUUUGAAAUGUUCUAAUUUGUACAAAACAUUGUGUAAUACAAUCAUCAAAUGGAAGAAAAUGUAUCAUGAUAAUAUUACUAAAGUAAUAAUAUGAAUGAUAUAAUUAUUAGUAGUUAGUUCUAUUUUUUUUUAAUAUGAAUUUUUAUCCCUUAGGCAUUCAUAUUUGCUAUAUCUAAGAUAUUAGAUGAUUAUGAACGAACUAUAUAUGAAGUAGCAGAUGAGUCUUUAUUGUCACUAGUGAAUCGUUUAUCUCAUAUAACUCCUCGAUUACAGUUGUUAGUAAAUAUCUGUUGCUUAAAAGAAGGUUGUGUUAUUACUACAGAUCAAAAACAUUGUAGUAUAAAAUUAUUAAACAAGAUUCAUGGUUAUCUUUAUUACUAUCGAUUUUCACGGGAUUUAUUUCUAAAAAUGUUGUUGUACAUUUUUGAAUCUUGCUGUUUGGCUUAUUUUAAGUAUAUAAUAACACAUUUUUUAAUGAAAUUUUGUUUUUUCUUUGAUGAAUACUUUUUUUUUAGCAUUUUGUCAAACUGGGCAUUAAAAGGUGUUUUAUGUGAUAAAGAAACUUGCAUGUUUGUUCAAUUAAAUCCGGAUAUUGAAGAUGAAGACAUCAUUACCCGAAGACAUUGGGAUCAUUUUAUCAUUAAUGAAAGUGUAGAAGUUCCAGUAUUUUUGGAAAAAUACAAAAGAGAGAUUUUAAAUUGUGGAAAAACUAUUAAUUUCUUUUAUAAAUUCAAUGAUUUGGUUAGCUACUUAAAAAUACAUUAUAAUUGUAUUUUUUAAUGUAUUGUUGAUAUAUUUUUGUUUCAAGAAUGUGUUUUCUCCUGAUAUAACUUGUUGCUUUGAUUCGGUUGAUACUCGGAAGGUUUAUGAUCGAUUUUCUAAUUAUUUUAAGUAUGACUCCAAUUUACAAACUACCAAUUGUGUUAAAAAAAUGUCAAAUUGUUACCUGUAUGAAUCAUUUGUUGAACGUAUCCAUUCAAAAGACAAAACUGGUAACUCAAAAAGAUAAUUUUACAUUAGAUAUUAGAUAAUAAUGUAAAUACAUACUGACUGUUAAGUUUAUUACAAUUUAUUGAUUAUACCCUAUAACUUGAUGAAAAAUAACCUUACUUUUUACUCAUAUUUAUUAGUCAACACAGUUUAUAUUUGUAUUCAAAUAUUUAAAUAUUUUUCAUUCUCGUUUGAUAAUUACACCUAUUAUUACAAAAUAUGAUAUUAUUAAUAUAUUAUGUUAAUUAUUUACAGACAGUAAUGCUGUUCAGAAGAAAAACUUAACUAAUGAAAACAUAGACAGUGUUAUUGAAACCAAUACAUUAUUAUAUUCAAACAGUGAAAGUUAUGAAUUGUUUCAAAUACCUAAUUGGACUUUAAUUGAUAAUGUGUAUGAUUUUAAUAAGCCUUAUGGAUUUUUUCUCAAUAAUAAUGAUUCAUUAACAUAUAAUGACAAACCAUUUGAUAUAAUUAAUAUGAUUGACUAUUUACCACAAUCAUUAUUAAUACCUGCUCGUAUACAAAAGAAUGUUUGUGAUAAACAAAUAUUAAACAUGUUUUUUGUUCAAGAAAAUUUGAUGGGACGUCUAUAUUAUUUAUCCCAGUGUUUCUUUUUAAUGAAUUGGAAAUUUUCAUCUAGAUUGUGUGAUACAUUAUUUAAUGGUAUUAUCUCUAAUCGACAAAAACCAAUGAAUAUCUUUAAUCCAGUUAAGUUAAACUUUAUUGUGGAUGAGGCUAUUCAAGAUAGCUUCCCAGGCAAUAAACAACACAAUUUAACUUUGGAAAUUACUUUUCUUCCUCAUUUAAAUGGAAUUAUUGAUAUUACAGUAUGUAAAAUCAGUAAAUAAUUAAUGAAUUAAUUUUCAAAUUACAAAAAAAAUGGUUGUUUAUUUUUUAGGAUGUGGAAUGUGUUGAACUAAAUUACACACCCGAAUGGCCAAUGAAUAUGAUAUUGUCAGACAAAAUAUUAUUGAAGUACAGACGAAUAUUUAUGUUUGCCAACAAAUUAGAAUAUGUUUCAUGGAGUUUAUUUAAAGCUAGGGAAUUAUUGAGUUUAUUUAAAAACAAUGUAGGCUUACAAAUUAGAAAGGUAGUUGUAUACAUAUUAUAUUGUUGUAUUUUAUUUGUAUUUAUAUAUAUAUAUUAAUUUAAUUUAAAAUAGAUAAAUCUCUUCAAACAUUGGAUGAAUCAGUUUGUAACAUCUAUUCAACAGUAUUAUAAGCAAGUUGUGAUUAACACAUGUUGGUUGGAAUUAAAUGAGAACUUUGAAAACGUCCAAAAUUAUGAUGAUUUAUUUGCCAGUCAUAAACAGUAUAUGCACAAAAUGUUAAAACGGUUGGUAAUUAUUUUUGUAAAAGGGCUUUAAUUAAUAAUUGUAUACCAACAGAUAGUAGACAUGUUUUAUUAGUUAAUUUGAUUGUAAAUUGGUUUUAUUAAAUAAGGAUAAUUACAGUAAAUUAGGUUUUAAGGCUAUAAUAAAAAUGUUACCAUUACCAAGUGGUGAUUACCAUAAGUACAUUUUUCAUGAUAUUAAUGAUAGAUGUUUAUUAAUUUUUAAUUUUAUGUUUACAGGUGUUUUAUGAUUGUUGGUCUGAAAGAUAAACUUAUUCUAUUAAAUAAUAUAUAUAUAGAAAUAUUGGCAUACUAUCAAGCUUUAGCAAAUGGCAAGUUUUAUAUGAAAAAUUCUGAAUGGGUACAUUCAGAGUUCAUUACAAUGGAAGAGUCUUUUUCUCGAUUUGUAAAUUUAAGAGAAAAGUUUUACACGAGUGUUUUGAAAACUAUAGAAGUUAAUGGAAAACAUUAUCUUGUAGAACUAAAUCAUUUAAUUACUAUACUUGGACCAUCAUACAAUUCCACAUGAGAGGAACAUACCAUUUAAGAUUAUUUAAUAGUUUAUUUAUUGUUUGAUUGUUUUAAAUUAAAUUAAUAUUAUUAUUUAUUUUUAAUUAUAAAGUAUGCAGAAUCAUGGACUGGAUCCGCAGCAAAUUUUUAAAAAUUAACAGUCUAUUGUGCUGAAUUCUAUAAAAUAAUAUUCUUCUUAAGACCUUAAUAUCACCAUAUUAUUUAUUGUUCUAGUAA